AUGGCACUUGAUGGACCACAUCAUUAUCAAAUAGCUAAUCGUGGAGGUUUAAUUGUAGCUGUCCCAGCUGAAACUCUGUGGCCAGAUGUAUUACGUUUCAGUACAGAUGAAGGUAAAUGUUGGCAUACUAUUCCUUUACGUACUGGACAAUGGAGUAUUAAUGAAUCAAAUCGAUAUCAAGUUAACAAUAAUGAAGAUGAUUCAAUGAAAAGUCAAGCUCAUCAUGAUGAUAUGUUGGAUGAUAGUGAAGAAUCUCUGGAUAAGAUUAAAUCAGCCUCAGUGAAAGUAACAGAUAUACCUUCUCCAACUGAAGGACAAAGGAUUGUUUUUGAUAAAAAUACAAUUCUUACUACCACUGGAUCAAGUUCGGAUGCUGUCCCUCAUACAACGACCACCACAACUACUAUUACUACUUCUACUACUGUUAAUUCCAGUACACUAAACAAUAUCAAUAAUGGUACUAAUAAUAUUUCACAUAUCAGUAGUACUAUGUCAUCACCUAUAAAUCAGAUGCAUGCAGACAGUCAUCAUCAAUUUCAAACCAAUGAUGACAAAUGGUCAUCAUCAUCAUCUUCUUCAUCCCAGAGAACUGAUGAAAUAGUUGUGUUUACUGGAUUAGUUACAGAACCAGGUGGUCGAGCUAUGGCUGCUGCUGUGUACGGUUAUGGUACAGCUACACAAAGAUGGAGAGUAGCAGUGGUUGAUUUUCGAACAAAUGGAAUGAUCAAACGAAAAUAUAUACAAUGUCUAGUCAAUUAUUCAAAUACACACACGUAUUCAAUUUUACCUCAAAUUCAAUUAAUUACAUUCAUUAAGUUCGGUCAACAAUGUUCUAACCCAACACUACCAAAUUCACGAUUUAAACUCUUAAUCCAACCGUCAUUUCUACCACCAACACAGUCACCACAACAACAAAAUUAUCAACCAACACUGUCGAUUGUACCACUUCUAUCACAAAUUCGCGAAACUCAACCACCAAUAUCAUCACCAAUACUGACACUCCCACUACAAACAACAAUACAAACACCACAAACAAUCACUCCAAUAUCACUGCUUCUCCCACCACUAACAACACCAUCAUCAACAUCAUCAAUGCAACUACUACUACUCUUUCAACAAUAA